AUGGAGCGCAUCGCCCGCGCGCGCGCCGAACGCGGGCGUGGAAAUAUAUCCACGCGCGCGGCGAAGUCUCGGGUCCAGCGCGUCGUCGCGCGACCGCAAGGACAGGGGUCGUUGGCGCAGCAGCACCUGGGUCAAAUAGCUCCGGGUUCGGUGUUGUCCAAAGCGAUCGAUCGAGCGAAGGGUUCGAUCGAUUGGGGGAAGAUGGCGUCGGAUGUCUCGUCUCUCGAUGCGUCGUCGUCCGCGGUGGCGAAGUCGCCGGCGCUCGGGUUGGUCCUGGGCGAGCUCGGACUCGCGGACGGGGACGCGGAGCGACUGGCGAGCAAGGUGCGGGCGACGGAGGACUAUGGAUCGUUCGCGCUGCAGCGAACGCUCGGGAUGAAGGCGGUGAUCACAUUAGGGGCUACGCGGGGGGGGGUGACGGACGCGAAGACGCGGUGCGCGAUCGGGAGGGUGAUCAGCGACUCCUCGAGCGAGGACUCGUUGUUCGCCGUGUUCGCUCGACGCGCGAGCAAGGAUUUGGACGCGUUCGUGAGCGGGGUCUCGGAAGAUUUGCAAAGGAUCGCGAGUGAAUCGUUAAGUUCUGAAGAUCUGGACCGCACGAAGAACUGGUACGCCGCGAGCGUGUCGCCGGCGCACUUUUCAUUUGUUCAAAAUCAGGUCCGCCGAGCGUGCUCUUCUUCAAACGCCGACACGAAAAAUGUCAAGGUGGUUCCGGUGCUGAUUCCGGUCAUGGAUGGGAAAUCCACGAGGGGUACUUUCGGCGGUGCCUUAGACGGCGCAGACGACGACGAGGACGACGACGAUGGGUUCAUGUUCGGAAAGAAGAGCAAGAAGAAGAAAAAGGCGAAAUCAACCUCCGCCGCUGCUUCCUCGACAUCAUCCGAGCCGCAAACAGUCUCCGAUCUCCUAACGAAGAUGGUUUCCCAACGCGUCGGUUCGCAGCGUGAACCGACGUUCCCCGAGCUCGAGAUGUCCUGGGGACAGACGACCGCCGCGGAGGUCGGCGGCGCCGUGUUGCAGCUCGUCGCAGAGGCCCCGGCGAAGUCGGUGGUGAUCCUUCCCUCCGAGCUCAUUCGCGCCACGAUCUCCUUUGAUGCCGAUGCAUCGGGCGUAAACGCCGUGGGCGCACGCGCGGUAUCGAUCGAACAAGUCGCGAGCGACGCCUCCAUCAUUGGCGAUGACGUCUCAUCGACGCUCUGGGUCACCUUUGAUCCGGACGACGCGUCCAAGUCCGCCGAGACGUUCAAGCGAGCGCUAGAAAACAUUCGCAGUCGCAAUAUCCCUAUCGUCAACGCUGUUUUCGCUCUCGUUCCCGAGAUCGAGUCCUGCGACGCCGAGAACGGCCCGGCGGAUGCCGUCUCGCUCGCCGCCUCGGUAUCCAGCCGAGCGCACGCCGCAUUCGUCUCCGAUGACGACGAGUGA